AUAUAAAGGAAGGGAUUAGUUUCAGACUAGAUCUAAAAUAGAGGCUGGUUCUUCUCUCUUAGGGUUUUUAAUUCGAUCGUCAAAAUCGUUUCAGAAAUCUCCCUCUUCUUCCUAUCUAAUAGUUUUUCCCAUCGACUGCCAGAAAUGGCAAACAAACUUAGGGGUUUCGCUAGGAUGUUGACUACUGCUAAGAAUUCCACCAGAAAAGAGGGUUUUAGUAGGACGUUUUCUUCUUUUGCUGAGAAAUCCACAGAAAAACAGGGUGAUGUAGGUCUUGAUAAAAUUAAACUUGCACAAAGGACAAAAGCUAUCAAUAGAGAGGUUGAUAUUGAAAUGAUUCAGCUAUUAUCUGCUAGUGUAGCAGGUGGUGUAGUUCUUGGUUGUCUUUACAGCUACUUCUUACGUGGGUGGAACCCUUUUGAGGAUACUCCUGGGCGAGACAAAGAUUAUGGAAACCAUGCGUUGCAGGUUCAACCCAAGUUUAAGCGUUAGGCUGUGAUGGAGACAUGGAACUCUCAAGCUCUCUGAUGGUUCUUUUAGGGAAGUACUUACUAAAUAAGAACUUGACAUUAUCAUGGUCCGCUGCAUCCCCUAUUAGAUGAGAGCCAAGAAGAUAUGGAAAUCUCCUUUUGAUAUUGCCAGAGUGCUUAUAGUAUAGCUUUGUUAAAUUAUGAUUUCACAACUUCUCUCUCUAUAUAUAUUUGUCUAAUCUAAUAUAAUCUAAACUGGGAGCUUAUAUUUAUAUGAUUGAUGCGCGGAUCUUGAAACUCAAUCUCAUUUGAACCAUUUAAUUUCUCUUCUA